GGACUCACUGUAGCCAGGAAAGAAAGGAACAAUUCAUACAAGUAGCAGCAGAACGAGACAAUUAUAAAAGUCACGGCAAGUCCACCCAGAUUGAGUGUUCGAAAUAGCCAUCAGCAUCACAACAAGCAACAGCUUUCCCCGACUUUCCUUGCUCUCUUCUCGGCAUAUCUCUCCUAUUGCAUUCCUAGACCGCAGGCAUAUCUCACAUUGCACCCAGCCUCUAGACAACAAAUACUACCCGCAACUACUUCAUCAAUCGAUCAACACAUUUGCUCCUGAUAAAUAGACAACCAACACAGACAUCUCUCACAAAAUGCACGCCACUCUCAUCCUCACCACUGUCCUCCCCAUUGCUCUGGCCGCCGGCAUCCCAGCCGCUGCCCAGGGCAACAACCGCCGCGACGCCGCCGAAGUCGCCGGCCGUAAAGGCACCCCCGCCAACGUUGCCCGUGCCACAAUCACCAUGGCAGCCCGGCAGGACCAAGAGACCGGCAGCAGCGGCGACUCCCUGGACGACAACUACGGCUCCGCCGCCAGCGACGACUACGGCUACAACUCUGCUGGCGGCGACGGCGCCGGCAGCAGUGACGACUACGACAACUCCUUCACCUCUAUUGAUGGUGCCGGUGCGAGUGGUGGUGGUAGUUCCGACGACGACUACGGCUUCGGCUACACCGCCGAGCCUACCGGCGACGGCGGCUUCGGCGUCACGGCCACGGCCGACCCGUCUCCUGCCGAUCCCACGGCCAACCCCAGUGGCGGUGGCUACGGCGGCGGCUCCUCGGACUACAUCGACGACAACUUUAGCGAGGAGACGGGUACUGCUACUGGCACUGGCACUGGCACUUUUGCCUCUGCGACUCGCCCCCCGCCGACCAAGACCUCCUCCAGCGGGAGCGGACAGACCGGGGCCGCUUCUCCGUCCUCGUCUGGUGGCAGCAGCGGCAACAAUGGCCAGCCUCCCAAGACCGGCGCCGCGGCCGCCAACACCAACAACCUGGGCGGCCUCAGCAUCUUUGGCCUCGUGGCACCCCUGGCCUUUGCCCUUUUUGUCCUCUGAGAGAGCGGCGAGUCUUUGUCUGUUGGAUUGAACAAAAUUUCGGGGAGUAAUAAGGGGGAUGAAUGUUUUUUUAUUAUCUUUGCUACUACCGGGGUUUGCAUGUUGCAGUGAUC